GUUUUGUUGCUUUUAAAGGCGAAUUCCUCCCAUUCGAUGAAGACAAGCUGCUCUGGGUUGAUUAGCUGUGUCUGUUGCGGCUCAAACACCACGGGAAGAAGAAAGAAGAAGAAGAAGAAGAAGAAGCGUCAUUGUGACGAACAUGUGGACGACCGACUGAAGCCUGUCCGGUUUGUUUACCGGAGAAAACUCCGUGAAUGAACCACCUCUGUGUCCGCAUCCUGCAGUCUGGAGUCAUGCUGCCGCUGAAGGAGAAGGAUAAACCCAUCGUCCAGAAGCUGCUGUCGGCCGGCUGCUGCGCUCGCUGCGUCCUCAGGUUCUGCUGCGUGAGCGUCCAGGCCGCCUACCGACAACCCCAACAGGAUACGCUCAAGGAACUACAAGAUUUCAUCAGCAGUGCAGAGAACAGCAAAUCCCCAGAUUCAGCAGGGGCCGAGUCCACAGAUAGAAACAACAAAUCCCAUGAUGCAGCAGUGUCAGAACCGCCCGAAGACCCACCGAGUAAAAGGGCGAAGCUGGAGCUCAGUGCGACUGGCGCUCCGUCAGAGGAAGACGCUGCUGCCGUGGUCAAACAGAAGGACGAGGAGUCGUGUGUGUGUGUGGUGUGUUUGGGGGUCCUGCAGGAACUCUGUGGCCCCACGCAGGCCGUAAAGAUAGCCGAGGCAGUGAAGGCAGAAAAGUACGAGUUCGACACCCUGGUGCUGUCUGUCUCUCUGCCCGCUCAGCUGUGUGUCCGAGAGCACUCCUGUUGGCUCCAUGUGAAGAAGGAACUGAGAGAGAAGAGCGUCGCACUCGACAAGGACGACGUCAUCCAGGUGAAGGAGGCCUUCAAGUGGAUCAUGCAGGGCCUGGUCGCCAGGGCGCUGGGGGGCGUUGCCGUGGUUACAAGGAGUUUGUUCGAGGUCGGUGUGGAGUUCACUCACCCAGAGACAGACGCCGACUGCCACUUCCUAGCGACGACGUGUCCCGACUGCUUCAAACCCACCAAGAACAAACAGUCGGUGUUCACAAGGAUGGCGGUGGUCAAAGCUCUGGAAAAGAUAUCCGACGCCAAAUUUCUAAAACACUACCCUUGUCCGCCAGCGCAGCCGAGCAGCAGCUGCAUGCCUCGGGACAUCCAGUGUCUCCACGGGUCCGUCUUUGUGGCAGGGAGGUACAACAAGUUCUGUCGCAGCCUUCCUCAGACUCCCUGGGUGAUCGAUGGAGAGAGGAGGAUGGAGUCCUCGGUGGAGGAGCUGAUCGCAGCGCCGCUCCUGUCUUCCUUCAGAGCCAACAGUUUUAAUUUCUCCUCGUCUGGCCGGGAGGACGUGGAUGUCCGGACUCUUGGAAAUGGUGAGAGAUGCACAUUUUCUUUUUUUUUUUUUUGCACGUGCAGAGGAUUUUGUCUCCUGAUGUGUGAGGAAUUCAUUUCUGUUCCGGUUUGGUUGGCAGGUCGUCCGUUUGCGAUGGAGCUGCUGAAUCCUCACAGAUCCAGACUGAGCAAAGUGGAGAUGAAGCAGCUGCAGGAGACCAUUAACAAGUCUUCAGACAAAAUCAGAGUGAGAGACCUGCAGAUCGUCACCAGAGACGCCAUGAGUCGGAUGAAGGAGGGAGAGGAGGAGAAAACCAAGUCGUACACGGCGCUCAUCUGGACCCAGAAACCUAUUCAGAGGGACGACAUCACCUUCAUCGAUGACAUCAAGGAUCUGACUCUGGACCAGAAGACCCCUCUGAGGGUGCUGCACCGGCGGGCGCUGGCCGUUCGUCAGAGGGUCAUCCACAGUAUGAACACCCGCUUCCUGGACUCUCAUCACUUCUACCUGGGGCUGAAGACGCAGGCCGGGACUUACAUCAAAGAGUUUGUGCACGGAGACUUUGGUCGCACCGUACCGAACCUGUGCAAGCUGCUGAAGACGGACACGGACAUCCUGGAGCUGGAUGUGGAGUCUGUGGAUGUGGACUGGCCGCCGUCCAUACCAGAGUGAACGCCGCCCUCGUCCUGCGUCUGAGAGGCCACAGGUUCCACCUCGCCGAGACCGAACUGGUUCUGUCAGCAGCUCGGGGGAUCCUGUUUGGGAGGACCAGGAGGUUGUCUGAGAGCGUAACGGUUGCUGAAGCCCCGUCGCACAGUCCUGCUGCUGCUUUGUGAAGCCGGGUCUGUUUAUGUUUCCGUUCUGGAUUUGCCUUUUUGACUGUCUUCAUCUUCAGUUGUAUCACUAGAAAACGUGUUCUAGUGUGAUCAGUUUCAGGCAAGUGAUUGACUGUAGCGGUGCUUGCAGCAGAAAUGCUCAUUAAACCAGAUUUGUUUUGUUUUUUAAAUCAGAUUCAGACUCUUCUAUUGUUAGAUCUAGAUUUAGACCGCCAGUGUGGCAAAAAAAAAAAGUCCAGUUUGUCCUGUGGGUGUCUCCCCAGGAACGGUCUUAAUACCUAAAUAAAUAAAGGGUUUAUUCCCUGUACGGUGGCCAUUUUA